AUGGACGCCACGCGACAGCGCACGCAGUCGCCUAUUGUGACGGGCACGUCGGUGAUCGCGCUGAAGUUCAAGGGCGGAGUAAUGAUGGCGGCAGAUACGCUGGGAUCGUACGGCUCACUCGCGCGCUUUACGGAUCAGCGCCGUCUCACGGCUGUCCACAGUACGACGCUCUUGGGCGCGGGUGGGGACUUUAGCGAUUUCCAGUUUAUUAAGGACAAGAUGGACGAGCUCGAGGUGUACGACUUCAACCAGGACGAUAGGUGCGAUCUCACGGCGCCAGAGGUCUACCACUACCUCCAGCGUCUCAUGUACCACCGUCGGAACAAAUUUGAUCCGCUCUGGAACACGGUCGUAGUCGGUGGCUUGAACCCAGAGACGCACGAGCCAUUUCUGGGGCAAGUGACGAUGAUUGGACUGGCUUUUGAAGGAGACUACGUUGCCACGGGCUUUGGCCAUCAUCUCGGGAUCCCACUGCUGCGCAAGCACUGGCGACCGGAUAUGGAAGAAGCCGAGGCACGGACGCUGCUGGAAGAUUGCAUGCGCGUGUGCUUGUACCGCGACUGCCGGACGAUCAACCGCGUCCAGUUCGCCAAGGUCGCUGCGGAUGGUGUGAGUAUCCCGGAGCCUAUCAAGAUCGACACGAAGUGGGACCACUCGUUGUUUGUCAAGACCAAGUCGGAGUUUGGUGCUUCGUGGUAG